AUGGCCGAUUCGCCAAACCCUAGCUCCGGGGACCUCCCCUCAGCCGCCGGGAGCUCGCCCGAGAAGCCGUACCCCGCGGAUCGACGCGUCGCGGCGCUCGCCGGCGCGGGCGCGAGGUACAAGGCCAUGUCCCCGGCGCGGCUGCCGAUCUCGCGCGAGCCCUGCCUCACCAUCCCCGCCGGCUUCAGCCCCUCCGCCCUCCUCGACUCCCCCGUGCUCCUCACCAACUUCAAGGUUGAACCUUCACCAACAACUGGUAGUCUGAGCAUGGCUGCAAUUAUGCACAAGAGUGCUCAUCCAGACAUACUGUCUUCGCCACGGGAUAAGUCUAUUCGAGCCCAUGAAGAUGGGGGUUCUAGGGAUUUUGAAUUCAAGCCUCAUCUGAAUUCGUCUUCUCAAUCACUGGCUCCUGCUAUGAGUGAUCUAAAAAAACACGAGCAUUCUAUGCAAAAUCAGAGUAUGAAUCCCAGCUCAUCAUCUAGCAAUAUGGUGAAUGAAAACAGACCUCCCUGUUCACGCGAGUCAAGUCUUACAGUGAAUGUAAGUGCUCCGAACCAACCUGUUGGAAUGGUUGGUUUGACUGACAACAUGCGUGCUGAAGUUGGUACAUCUGAGCCGCAGCAGAUGAAUAGUUCUGACAAUGCCAUGCAAGAGCCGCAGUCUGAAAAUGUUGCUGACAAGUCAGCAGAUGAUGGCUACAACUGGCGCAAAUAUGGGCAGAAGCAUGUCAAGGGAAGUGAAAACCCUAGAAGUUAUUACAAGUGCACACAUCCUAAUUGUGAAGUAAAAAAGCUAUUGGAGCGUGCGGUUGAUGGUCUGAUCACGGAAGUUGUCUAUAAGGGGCGCCAUAAUCAUCCUAAGCCCCAGCCUAAUAGGAGGUUAGCUGGUGGUGCAGUUCCUUCGAACCAGGGUGAAGAACGAUAUGAUGGUGCGGCAGCUGCUGAUGAUAAAUCUUCCAAUGCUCUUAGCAACCUUGCUAAUCCGGUAAAUUCGCCUGGCAUGGUUGAGCCUGUUCCAGUUUCAGUUAGUGAUGAUGACAUAGAUGCUGGAGGUGGAAGACCCUACCCUGGGGAUGAUGCUACAGAGGAGGAGGAUUUAGAGUCGAAACGCAGGAAAAUGGAGUCUGCAGGUAUUGAUGCUGCUCUGAUGGGUAAACCUAACCGUGAGCCCCGUGUUGUUGUUCAGACUGUAAGUGAGGUUGACAUCUUGGAUGAUGGGUAUCGUUGGCGGAAAUAUGGACAGAAAGUUGUCAAAGGAAACCCCAAUCCACGGAGUUACUACAAAUGCACAAGCACAGGAUGCCCUGUGAGGAAGCAUGUUGAGAGAGCAUCGCACGAUCCUAAAUCAGUGAUAACAACUUAUGAAGGAAAACAUAACCAUGAAGUCCCUGCUGCGAGGAAUGCAACCCAUGAGAUGUCCGCGCCUCCCAUGAAGAAUGUCGUGCAUCAGAUUAACAGCAGUAUGCCCAGCAGCAUUGGCGGCAUGAUGAGAGCAUGUGAAGCCAGGAACUUCAGCAACCAAUAUUCUCAAGCCGCUGAAACCGACAAUGUCAGUCUUGACCUUGGUGUUGGGAUCAGCCCGAACCACAGCGAUGCCACAAACCAAAUGCAGUCUUCAGGUCCUGAUCAGAUGCAGUACCAGAUGCAAUCCAUGGCUUCGAUGUACGGCAACAUGAGACAUCCAUCAUCAAUGGCAGUGCCAACGGUACAAGGAAACUCUGCUGGCCGCAUGUAUGGUUCCAGAGAAGAGAAAGGUAACGAAGGGUUUACUUUCAGAGCCACACCGAUGGACCAUUCAGCUAACCUAUGCUAUAGCGGUGCUGGGAACUUGGUCAUGGGUCCAUGA